CAUGUUUAUUCUCCACUGUCAUGAAGUUUCACCCCUAUCAAGAUCGUGUAUAAGUGCGGGUGAGACUCAUUCCUCUAUCUAUCACCUAAACUUAUUCCUCUUUAAUCGCCAAGAGUUAGACUGACUCAUGCAUUCAUCUUGCAAGAGGCUUUGCUUAUGUAGUUUGCAUGAAGGCCCUACCAAGAAAAAUAACAAAAUAUUAUUCAUGUGAGAAAAAAACUAAGCAAACAAAAAAAGAAAAAAUCUCUGAUGUACAAAAAAACAAAACUAAAGCAAAGUCCAAAUGACUGAAUUCCAAGCUAGACCGGAAAAUACAACCGUCGAGAAGGGGAGUUAAGUUCCACACUGUUAUCAAAAUAUGUAUUACAACCAGAAAAUGAGGUGAUUCUCUUCUACGUAGUUUUAUACUAUAAUUUUGUCUAAACAGUUAACUCUUUGAAAGAUUUCAAGGGUAUGCUUUGUAUACUAUAAUUUUUUAAUCAACGGUAUUUGUUAGUGUGUAUCAGCUGUUCGCUUCAGUUGGAUAAACAAUGGAAUUUGUGGUUUGUUUAAACGGAUGGAUAACAAAUAUAUGCAAUUAAAAAUAAAUAUAUUAUUUCUUUUUCCCACAUUGCUGGGUUGGAAUCCUAAUAUAUAUAUAUAUAUAUAUAUCACAUAUAUAUCAUUAGUAACACUUGCAAAACUGAGUACAAAAAUUUUCAUCACCAACAACAAAGACUAGUGGAAUAUGGGUUUCUUGUACAACGAGUGCCUUAAAAACCAAGCGGUCAGUUUCGGCGGCUACGCUCUUGACGGCUGCGGUGAGUUCAUGCCCAAGUCCACCACCAUCCUCACAGACCCUCCGUCCCUUAGUUGCGAUGCAUGUGGCUGCCACCGCAACUUCCACCGCCGUGACCCUUCCAGCGUCUUCAUUCACCGUACCAACUCACCGCCGCCUCCACCACCGCUGCAGCCAGCUACAUCCACGCACUUGCUUCUCUCUCUCAGCGGCUCCGGUUUCUCUGGACCCUCGGAUCAAGACAUGGGUAAAAUCAGUACGGUGGACAGGAAACGUAAGAGGACAAAAUUCACGGUGAAGCAGAAGGUGAUGAUGAGAGCUUUCGCAGAGAGAGCUGGUUGGAAGAUCAACGGCUGUGAUGAUGAGUACGUAAGAGAGUUUUGUAGGGAAGUGGGAGUAGAGAGAGAAGUUCUGAAGGUUUGGAUUCACAACAAUAAGUACUUUGCCAACGGGAGGAAUAGAAACACAACGUCCUCUAUGUUUCAAAAGUUAUAGAUCUCUUUCAUGUUGAUGAUGCGUUUUGUCUUCUUGAAAAAAUAAAUAUAUAAGACAACAAUUAAGAAAAUCUUACAAAAUUUUGAAGCUUACACAUGAGAUAGAUUUUGAAGCUUCAGUGCUUAGUAUUAUUUUUUUUUGGAAAAUCUUACAAAAUUUACAUAUAUCCAACAAUUAAGAUUAUUAAAAUUACGAUCUUAUUCGUUUUACUAUGCUUUCUUGGUGAAACAAUGCUGCUAAACAAAUCAUGAAUGGGUGAAUGACUAACGAUGCUGACCUGCGACCGUUCCUAAUGGGAUGGAAGUUAGCAAUGCUAAAUAUAAUUGCUUCCUUAACAUCCAAAACAACCACUCGGGUAUGGUCGGAUGGUAUGGCGGCUCAGAAAAGAGCUAAUCGCUCCGGGUUCAAAACAUACCACUUACAUUAGUUGGCCCGAAUUAUAAAAAUAAAAUCCAAAACUCGUUGUCUAUACACCUUUUGGAAUAGUAGUAAUUCAAGAAGUGAUCCAUUCUUGAUGAUUCAAUAGAACGAAUCUCCUGAACUUUAAAGGCAAGUAGACAUAAACUAAGAAAGAUACGUGGUUUAACAUAAUUAUUGUUCAUGUGGACAACACUUUCAAGCUCUAUUAUUGUUCUCUUAUAUUGCCUUUUUUCAGUUAAGGAUGAAAAUUGGUUAACAGCCUCACAUUUCAUCCAAAUUAAGGAUAAUGCAGAUGUUUUUGAUAAAAUAUAUACUUUUUGUUAAUUAAGCCGUACUUAUUCACGCACAACUUGGAAGCAAUUGAUAGUUUUUAAUAUUCCUUCCCAUCUCCAUGUUGGUGUGAUAUUUAAACAAAUGAUUCAUUGGUGGAGUUGUCGUCACCAAUAUGACGGUUAAAGUUUUGAUUCCGAAUUAUGAAUGAGAUUCUUUUCCUACAAAAGUAAUUCGAUUGACUGGUUUUUUUGGGUUAGAUUUGUUUUCAUUGUAUAAUACAUGAUAUGAUCAAAUUUAGACAUUGGCGUUUAUACACAAUAAUGGUACAUGAAUAUGUGCAACCAAUAACCGAAACAAAAGUCUAGACCUAGUUUUCUGUUGUUGCGUUUUUAUACUUUAGGAAUCAUAUUGAUUAUUAGAAAAUAACUUAGAAAAUAUUUAUUAUAUUAGUUCAUUUGAUUCUCUCAUGUUUUCUCUUAUUUUUUUCUUUUCCAUUGGCUGCUCCUUCCAGGCCACCAUGGAAUCACUGCUCCCCUCCCCGCAUUCAGAAUCAGCCGCUUUCUCUAUUCCAUCCACAUCAUUCCUGUCAUUGAUGGUUUGAUGCCCUCCCCAACUGUUUGCUGAGAGGCAAGAGACUCUCCAUUAUGAGGAAUCAAGUCAACAGUUGCAAGUUGAUGUUUCCUCAAAAAUCGAUAAUAUGACUCUCCAUUAUGAGGAAUCAAGUCAACAGUUGCAGGUUGAUGUUUCCUCAAAAAUCGAUAAUAUAUAGGACAAAAUUUUAUUUCUUCUGUUUUUAAAGAUCCGUUUAUAAAAUUUUCACACAUAUUAAAAUUAAAUAUUUUAAACUCAAUAAUAAAAUAUAUAUAUAAAAUAUCUGAACUAAAGAUUUUUUUAUCACUCUCAACCAAUAGCAAUUCAAAAUGUAAAUAAUUUGGAUAUAUGAAAUUCAUUACUAUUAAUAUAUAUAUAUAUAUUUUUUUUUCUUUUUUUUUAAAUCUAAAAUUUUAAUUUUAAGACAUAACAGAAAAAUGUUUAAAAAAUUUCAAGAAACAAAAACAGAGGGAGUAUUCAUUAUUUCCAACCCCCCUUACAGAUUUUACGCACCUAGACAAUAUUUAGCUAUAGUCUAUGCCAUGUCAGUCAUCUACGAAAGGGUGCUCGAGACCAAUCUUUUAUAAACUGGCAUUAUCAUCUGCCGCUACCAUUUGAUAAUUUUUUUUUUUGCUAAAAUUUGGUGCACCAUUUGAUAAAAGUUGGUGGCAUUCUUGUAAGAAUCCCUCAAAGCAACCGUAUUUAAAUUGAAAAAAUGUGAAGAUAUGAUCAAAAGGCAAAAACAAAAAAAAAUCUAAGAGAUAAACAAAAAAAAAUUCAC